AUGCUAGACGAUGAUGGGCGAUGAUAGCGCAAUGAUCUCGGCUUGCAUGCCUAACGCAACUUCGCGCAUCUAUCGGACGUUGUGGUUCGGACGUGAGUGCGCACGCCUCACGCCUCAGUCCUCCAGUUGGCUGCGUCAAGUGGUGCAAAGAACGACAUUGAAAAAACGGUGCAUCACCGUGUGUGUGUGCGUGUUUGUGUGUGUGUGGUGUUGCCUGAACCAGCGAGAGUGUCGUAUCCGUUGAUUGUGCCGUCAGUGCGCGUGUUUAUGAGUGGCCUUUCAAUUUGUUAUCUAAUGUGCAGGCGAGUGGUACAGGUUGCAGCGAGACAGAUCCAGUAAAGUGUACUGCUGCUGUGUUUUGUCGCGGAACUGUUCUGUGCCAAUCAACUUGUUGUGUGUGUGUGUUUGUGUGUUGAAAAAGUCAUGCUUCCGGUCAUCGGAUUGCUAAACAACUGCUGAUCUCACUCACUGAUUGUCGCCGUCCGUAAACUUGACCAUCGAACAGCGUUAAAUGGAUACGAUGAACCCCGUGGACGAACGGCUACCAAAGCUAGAGUUUACGCUUUCUACGGACGAAGAAAAUGCGCUCACCCUGUACGAGGAGCUCGAGCAGACGGACAUCAACCCGACCAACCUCAACGUCAACUGCUGCUGCGGUCUGUUGCGCACCUCGCCGUUCCACCAGCCAAAAUCUUCCACCUCCAGCCCUACCGGCCGGCGCCAGCUAGACGAUGCACAAAGCGUACAUCAUCGCCAUCACCAUCAUCACCACCAGCAGCAACAGCAGCAUUCCCAGGACACCGAUCCGAACGUUCACGUUUCGACCAGCGACGAGGACUACCGGUGCGACAACACACUGUCCGACAGAUGGCGGGACAGCGUGACGCGUCGCAACGAGCGGUACCGCACGUUCGGGCUGCUCGAGUCCAGCAUACUGAACAGCUUCCAGCUGCAAAACUUUCGCCGCAAGACGCCCAGCGUGUUCGACUCGUCCAGCUCCUCGGGGCAGACGAGCUGCAGCUCGACCGCAUCGAGCAUGAUCGACGACAUUUCGGACAAGAUCGAGGAGAUCGGCAAGCUCGACACGAACAUCCACUCGCUCAUGUACAAAUCGGUCGAGCUGCAUAAUGACAUACUGUCCUUGGAGGCGACAACUAACCGCCUGAUUGCCGACGCGAAGAAACUCUCAGACGAUCUGGACGAUGUACGAUUCCUGGACGAGCUGAUCGCCAUCCUGAACGGCGACAUCGGUCCGGUGAUACAUCGCGAAUGGCCCUACAAAAUCGACACCGACGCACCGAUCGAAGAAGGCACCCCGGUCACCUAACCUGCCCGGAUUCGUUUGCCAAUCUCGGCACACGCCUAAUGCGCCGUGCGUGCGUGUGCCGCUUGUGCUGGAGAAGCCGUCGCCAUCGUUCCCAGCUGUUUUCAGUACGCGCCGGUCCGGCCAGUCCUAUUAUACCUUAUUACACUCCGAUAGAUCCUCGUGACUGCAUGUCGGCGGCUUUGUAGUGCCUCGGCGGUGGUUCAAAAGACACGCGAACGAACGCAAUGGCACAUACAAAGAACGAACGGAGAACCCCCAAAUCGAUAGCAUAUCUAACAUUGCAACUUCUUGCUAAGUGCGUACCGUGCACUGCUCCAUUGUCCAGCAUAGCCAGCGACAAGCGCUGAGACACACCAAGCAAAUGUCCUCGUCCUCGACGAUAAUUGGCUUACGGGCCAUGUUGGAAUACAGUACCUUUCCCUCUUCCCUUCCGACAUAUCCAAUAUUCGAUUUAACGCUUCCGGGAACAGCACCGAUUUUGUUGCUGUACCGCGCGCUGCGUGCCCCCGUUGCUUGGCCCGUUUCAACGCUGCCGCUUCUUAGCCAGCAUAAUUAUAGGCAGAAAAUGUAAGACCAUCAGCCUAAAAGUGUCACCGCAUUGGAAGUGUCCCCUGCGAGGUCAAUCACUUCGCGUCAUUUGUCGCAGUGGCGGGCGGGUUUUAAACUACGCUAACGAGCAUCAUUAGGGGAGCGAGGGGGGAGGGGGGGAGGGUGGUUUUAGAUUAGAAAAUUAUACGUAAGUUAAACUACUCCGAACACUGUGUAGGUUGUACAAUAAAUGAUCCAAUUGUGAUAACUAGUAAAAAAA